CCGAGUUCUAGUCGGGCUGUUGCGUUGCGAGGGAAAUGGGGCCAUGAUACUGUCCAAACCAAGUAACUCAUAGGGUGGAUCUGUACUGUACCCGUAAGGUUGAACUGAUAAGUAUUUUAUAAAGUAUUUUCGAUCCUCCCCGCGGGGCAUUGCCACAGCCACAUCCAUACUCCAUAUAGCACAAAUCCUUCACCACUUGUCAUACAUCUUACCCAUAUCUAUAUCAUAUAGUCAUCAUACGACGUGAAUGAUAAGUGAGAUCAAGUUACGGCUACUCAACGAUGGCCAACCUCCCAACCCCAACCCUAGUCCUCAUCCCCGGCUCCUGGCAUCAACCCACCUGCUACGACCCCAUCAUCCAACUUCUCCAGGGCGAGUAUCAGCUCAACUGCGUCUCCAUCACCCUCCCCUCCACCACCGGCAACCCCAAUGCAACCUUCAAGGAUGACCUCGACGCCGCCCGCGCCGCCAUCACCCACGAAACCGCCCAGGGCCGCAACGUGGUCGUUGUCGCCCACUCCUACGGGGGCAUGGUCGGCAACAGCGCCAUCAAGGGGCUUAGUGGUAGGCCAUCCGACUCGCCGACCUCGGGGUCCGUGAUCGGCCUCAUCCUGAUCGCCUCCGGAUUCACCCUGACCGGACUGGCCUUCAUGGACCCGUUCUUCGGCCACCCACCCCCGUCGUGGCGGGCGAACCGCGAGACCGGCUACGCGGAGCUGGUCACCCCACCACGCGAGCUCUUCUACCACGACCUCCCGCGCGAGGAGGCGGAGGUCUGGGUGUCGCAGCUGACGACGCAGAGUCUGAAGGCCCUGUUCGAGGGCGGGGAGUUUGCCUACGCCGGGUGGCAGGACGUGCCCGUCUGGUACAUCGGCACCGUCGAGGAUCGCGGCCUGCCCGUGGUGGCGCAGCGCAUGCAGGUGGGCAUGGCGCGCGCGAUGGGGGCGCGCGUCGAGCACCGCGAGCUGCCGACGAGCCAUUCUCCGUUUCUGAGCCAGCCCGAGGCGACGGUCGCGAUCAUGCUGGAGGCUGUCGAGGCGUUCGCGGGGGUGUCAGUCACGGUCAGGGAUAUGGCGCCGUCCACGGCGCCACGCGCCGUGAUUGCCGUGCCCGGCGCUGCCUUGUGGCAGCCGGCCACCUGGUUCAAGUUCGGGAUUCCGCUCGCGUUCGGGCGUCUGGUGGGCCGGUGUAUUCUUCUCUUUCGGUGGGGGAGGAGCUUCUGGCGGUCUCACUAGGGGUUCAGAGACGGGGAUGUGACGGGCUUACACGGCUGGAGAGAGGAAGUGUUGUUGUAGCAGUCUGAGUUACGUACAGUACAUACAUUAUCCAUUAUGAGCUACCAACCGAGUAUUAGUAGAAU